UCUCUCCAUCCCUGCGCAAUAAUCGCAAUGAAAUUUCCUGUGUGUGCAAGCCCGGCUGUCGCGGCGGGGCUGCUCAGAGCGUGCGGUGGCUCCGCAGAAGCCACCUCUGCCCGGCCGCCCCGCUGCCAUGGGGGUGACGUCCCCCCGAACUAGGCUGCUGCUGGCCGCGCUCUGCCUGCUCGCUUCCCACGGAGGGCCAGCAGCUUUCCUGAUCACCACCCCCUACUCGCUCUGCGUCUGCCCCGAGGGCCAGAACAUCACCCUGACCUGCCGGAUCAGCGGCCCCCUCGCCGACCGCCACGACCUGCUCUACAAGACCUGGUACUUCAGCAGCAACGGCGACCAGAGCUGCUCCGACAAGAGGCACAUCCGCAACGUCACCGAGAAGGAGCUGCACCACGACCUGGGCAGGCACCACGAGCCUGGGGGCAACGGCACCCAAAAAUCCCCGCUGGGGCGGCACCGCGGGGUGGAGUUUGUCCCCGACCACCACGGCGCCUUCCACAUCGUGGUGACGAACCUGACGCUGCGGGACAGCGGGAAUUACUGCUGCUACGCCGUGGAGCUGAGGCGGGAGCACGGCAAGCCCCACCCCAUGCAGGUUGCUCACGGCUUCGUGGAGCUGCAGAUCCAGCAGCAAGGCAGAGGAGGGCUUCAAAACUGCACAUUUCAUACAGCCACCAGCAAAGAUAUCACGGCCGCCGCGCUGGCCACGGGCGCCUGCAUCGUGGGCAUCCUCUGCCUGCCCCUCAUCCUGCUCCUCAUCUACAAACAGAGACAAGCCGCCACCAACAGACGUGCCCAUGAGCUCGUCAGGAUGGAUAGCAGCGCCCAGGGCAUUGAGAACCCCGUGUUCGAGGCGGUGCCGUCGGCCGGCGCGGAGCCGCGGCCCCGGCCCCAGCUCUCCUACAUGGCCAGCCGGCUGCCCUCCGAGUCUGGCCGGCACCUGCUCUCGGAGCCCAGCACGCCCCUGUCCCCCCCCGGCCCCGGGGAAUGCUUCUUCCCGACACUGGAUCCUGUUCCUGACUCGCCGAAUUCCGUGAAAGCCUGAAGGCCCCCGAGGAAACCACAUCCUGCAGACCACGCCAUGCUCGCCCAGCCGAGACCCCCAGGAGGGUGGCGGGGCCAGGGGCAGCAAACCCUUAAGAUCUGAAGCUGUGUGCAGCAGGACCCCUGCCCUUGUCUCCCAUCCGGCCUCUGCCCUGGGACUGGAAGUGAACCCCUCUUGCUUGGAGUUCGAUUUUUAACUACCUGUUUCCACAGGAGAAGAGCACGGCUUUGUACUGCUCACAUUUUACGUACUAGCUGAAAACUGAGGAUGUGGGGAUGUAAGCAUGUCCCGUACCUGGAAAAUUCCCUGAGGAUUUAACUUAUUGCCCGGGGUUUAAGCUCUGCAACAUCAACAUGUUUCUGCAUCCUUGACUGAACAUCCUCUCUGGGAGUGGAUGGUAAAGUACUUAUUCCACCGUGAAACCAAACAGGGUCACCAGCCAACCUUGUACUACCUUUUUCCCUGCAAAACAGGAAGGGGAGAGGCUCCCUGCUGCCACUGGAGCCCUCCUUCCCUACCAGCCUUUUGAGAUGGCCAUGGACUUAGGAUGCUGCUGCCUUUUCAGCUGGACACACGCCAGGAGGAGCCUUAUUUCUGCUGCAGUUUUAUCCUUGGCUUGGGAUCAGGGGAAUUUAUCUUUCUGUUUGUUUCAUUAUCAGUGCUGAUUAAAAGGAAAAAAAGGAUGUU